GUAAGAUUUUGUAUUGGAGGGAGCCCUGUAUUACUACCAUGAAGAUUGUUAUAAUUGUUUUGGCUAUGGCCACCGUGGCCUGGGCUCAGCUUCCCUCACCGUGUAUUACCCCCUUGGAAAUGACGUUCCGAGCUAACCAAUAUAACCAUGAGGACGAUAUCUUCAACCGAUAUUUCAUAGCCUACGACGCCAUUAACAAACGACAGGCUAUUUUUGAAGAAGAAAAUGUCAUCAUCCCCGGCAGACAAUUUCACGAAUUUUUGAUCCUCAACAACGAAAACGUCAUGUACGAUUAUAAUCUCAAAACCAAAACCUGUACCAAAUCCAUCCCCAGACCAUGGAGAAACUUUGCCAUUCCACCAAACGCCACUUUUGAAAACGAGUUCUCUAUUGGAGGUCCCUCUGAAAUGGUUUACGCUCAAGAAUGGUCUGAUCGAAUCCCAUUCAGACAACGAGAGAUGUGGUUGGGAGUGUUCAGUUUAAAAGAUUGUUAUCCAAUCAGAGAGGUCGUAAUUGCCAACUCGAACAUCACUCAAACCAUCACUACCAACUUCUACGACAUAGUACAGGGGAUCACCAACCCAGACGACUUUAUACCACCGACUGAAUGUCUCAAUGCCGAAUGGGCCAAACCCUCUAGAUAUUUCUAUUAAUGGUUUUGUAAUUUAGGUCAAUUAUUCAUAACAUAUAUACAUAACUACAUACAUGUAUAUGCAUAUAUUAUUAUAGUGUAUCCAAAAAACUACCCAUCUGGCUGAAUCGACACAUAAACAAGAUCAGCCCACUUUAUUUUAAGGUUGAAUAUAGCGAUUAUAAUAUACAGACACUACGGUGUUGAUUACUACUUAGAGUACCUUCACUACCUUUAAAUGAAGUCGACUGCUCGUGUUAAUGUUUAGAAUCGAAACUAACAGGGAGGAAGGUCUACAACCCUACCUUCCCCAACGCUUCAUUGGCCACGUUACUGAGAGAUCAUCGCAACUGCUCUAAUCCAAACAUCUCCGAUUUGUCUAAAAUUACACUGUAAGGUAUUACCACCACCCCCUCCCCCUCCCACAACAAACACCCUAGACCCUGAUCGUAUGACUUAUAACUCAUAUCACCGGCUCCUUAAAUCCAUUUCCCAUAACCAUCUCACUUGUCUUUCAAAAGCUUUUUCUUGCUGAAGCAAUGUCUGUGAUGAUCAAAAAAUAGUUUCACAAUCUGCUAGCUAGUUUGACAAUAUAGUUUCACAAUCUGCUAGCUGGUUUGAUAAUAUAGUUUCACAAUCUGCUAGCUAGUUUGACAAUGUAGUUUCACAAUCUGCUAGCUGGUUUGACAAUAUAGUUUCACAAUCUGCUAGUUGGUUUGACGAUAUAGUUUCACAAUCUGCUAGCUGGUAUAACAAUAUAGUUUCACAAUCUGCUAGCUGAUUUGACGAUAUAGUUUCACAAUCUGCUAGCUGGUUUGACAAUAUAGUUUCACAAUCUGCUAGCUGGUUUGACGAUAUAGUUUCACAAUCUGCUGUCUAACAAGACAGCUACCUCUAAGCACGAAAUUAUGUAACUAAUAACUUGGUUGGUAACAAAGUACCUGUCACAAUACUCAUGAUGUAAAUAGAAAUAUAUAACCUCUAAUAAUAAAUAAAAUAUAUC